AAGUCUCGCGGCGUUUUCUCCAGGAAGUAAAUCGCCGUGUUGACUCUUGAACUAGUGAACUACUGACUCUCGCAGUGAACUGCUGCAUGCGGAAAAUGACGGCACAGUUGUUAAAGCGUGCAAAGGAUGCGGUGAAGGUGAUUGGCUCAGGUGGUCUGCUGUUUGUCUCGUACCUGACAGCCACUGGGGACGAGCGCUUCUAUGCCAAUCAGCUGAUGCCAGCCUUGCAGAGGAUUGUGGGAGCGGAGACAGCACAUGUGUUGGCAGUUCGAUUCAUCGGGCUGGGACUUGUCCCACGAGGCAGGCACAGGGACUCUCCAUCACUGGAGGUUCGGGUUCUGGGGCAGCGGUUCCAGAAUCCGCUGGGGAUAGCAGCAGGCUUUGAUAAGCAUGCAGAGGCAGCGGACGGGCUCUUCCGGCUGGGCUUCGGUUUCGUGGAGGUUGGGAGUGUCACACCGCAACCCCAGGAAGGAAACCCCAAACCCAGAGUAUUCAGGCUUCCUGCGGACCAGGCCGUCAUUAACAGCUUUCUUAAACACUGUAACCUUUCAUCUGGAACCUGCUCUAUGGUAUAGACUAGAAGCGGGUGGAGCCAACAGAAAUGAAAGGUAUGGUUUUAACAGCUGUGGCCAUGCAGCCGUCCGUGAGAGGCUGAAGGCAAGGCAAGAACUGCAGUCUGAGUUGACGAAAGCUGGUCGGCCCCUUGGUAUUAACCUGGGUAAGAACAAGCUGUCCCGGGAUGCAGCGUCUGAUUAUUCAGAGGGGGUGCGAGUGCUGGGCAUGCUGGCUGAUUACCUUGUGGUGAACGUGAGCAGCCCCAACACACCCGGACUGAGAGACCUGCAGAGCAAAGAGGAGCUGCGCCUCCUGCUGGACAGGGUGCUAAAGGAGAGGGAUGCCCUCAAGUGCGAGCGAAAGCCAGCAGUCCUUGUGAAGAUCGCUCCAGACCUGACCCCGCAGGACAAGCAGGACAUAGCCGACAUUGUGACUGAGCUUGGGGUGGAUGGGUUGAUCGUCACCAACACCACAGUCUCGCGACCUUCGACCUUGCAGGACCCCCUUCGCGGAGAGACUGGGGGGCUGAGUGGGAGACCCCUAAGGGAAAUGUCCACACAGACUGUGCGGGAGAUGUACAGCCUCACUAAAGGGAAGAUUCCUAUUGUAGGAGUGGGGGGAGUGAGCAGCGGGCAGGAUGCUCUUGAAAAGAUACGUGCCGGCGCCACCCUGGUCCAGCUUUACAGCGCUUUCACCUACCAAGGGCCACCUAUCGUCGGCAAGAUCAAACGAGAACUCGAGCAGUUACUGGCGGAACAAGGAUUCACAAACGUCACUGAAGCUGUAGGAGCAGAUCACAGGACAACAGAUGGAAAAUUACAAGUACGGGUGCCAGCGCGAGAGCAGCUUCAUCUAGCAUCAGGAACCCCAGUGCAAUCAGCAGCCACCACAGUAUAGCUUUUUUCAGUGAACGAAAAUGGACAAUUUUUUUUUUUUUUUUUUUUUUAAUUCAACAGCCUUAAAGAAAUGUAUAUGAUCAUGUUAAAGUCCAAAAUUGGUAGAAUAAACCAGCUAAUGUUAAGAUAAACAGUAUAUGGAUUAAAGUCCAAGCUUUUCCUUCUUGUGGUUAAGGUCAGAAGUUUUACUGGUUGGGUAAUGUACAAUUUGACCUAUUUACUGAUAGAGAACAUAUCUGACAGACUUUGAUAGAGGCCUCGUUUUUGGAAGGUUUUUCUGUUUCCAAGACUAUACGGAUUACUGAUGUGUCUAGUGUAACAAUCAAAAGUGAUGCCUACCUUUGCCAUUUGCUGUUUGGAACUACAAAUCCAAUUUGGGAAAACUAAUUAUUAAGUUUGAAAACAUUUGUUUCACCAAUUUCACUAUUGCCAUCCUGUCUGCUCGGGUAUUUCAACACGCAUCAUUUUGCAUGUAACUAAAGAACUCGCUUUUACAUCCUCAUUGAAGCUACUCCUAAACCUGAGUUCGCUUCAUAAAUCAACCUAUUUCUAUUCAAAGGUCGACAAAAGAGUAACGUGCAGCCAGGCUUUCUCACUCUGUCUAUAAACUUUACCUGCUCAUAUACAGGAUGAGAUUUGUUCCUUGCUAGGUUUAUACAAUUACAUUAUUUCUCUCAGAAAAUUUGCCUCAACAUUCAUUGCUAAAGACUGCUGUUUGGGGUUGAUUUGAUGAGCUGGUACUCAUCACCCUGCGUGCCUCUCCCACUUAUUACAGACAGGACUGUAACUUAUGAAAAGCUGUUAGCCUCCAGGAGCUGUACUUCCAGCUGAGGGAAACUCCACAUCUCUCUCUAUCAAUCCUCAGUCACAGCGAAAAGCCCCACACAGCAGCCUGUCACUACUGGAGCAGGGAAAUACACGUUUACAAGCGAUUCUCUGAGAUCUGUGAUCAAAGGUCCCUAGUAAUUCUGCAAGCUGUCUAGUUCAAUAUUCAGGAAGCUUGCCUUCAGGUGCUGUAGCUUAAUGCCCACACAGCAACUGUCCCGCUGCGGAGGAAUCAAUAUCUGCUGGAUAAAAACACUGCACAACUUUUCAUUAAGUAAUCUCUGCCAAAAAACAAUUAAUCUUUAAAGAAAAAUAUGUCGUAAGGAAGCACAGUAGCAUGGUGGGUUGAAGGGAAGCAUAUUAUCCUUGUACACUAAAGCCCAUAGGGGAAACACUGUGCAACACAUAUAUACUUCCCUACCUCAUUUCCUCAUAAUAAGUCUUGACAAGUCUUUGCAGAAGCAAUUUUUGAAAUCGCAAGCAUGGCAAAUCAAGCACAGUAUAGUAAAAAAAAUGCACUCAAAAUAAAGACAUUGGGAUUUCAGCCAAGGAAUGAUGGGAAAGCUCAUCCCAAUAAGAGAACAAUUGAAAGAUCACAGUCUAAUUUAAGAAACAUGGAAUAAUCAAAAUAACAUGUCUCGAGUUGGUUUUGGACAGCCACCAGUCCAAAACUAACCAGAUUGCUGUGUGAUAAUAUAUUCUGACCCAUAUGUUAAUUUGAUUAACUUUGAGUAUCAAAGUUCAGGGUGCUUUUGCCAUACUAAUAUUACGGAAACAUGGUCUUAUAAGGUAACACAACCUUUUUAAAUACAUGCAAAAAUAUGCCUUUUAAAAACCCUACCCACACUUUAAGUGUGCUUGUGCUUUGUUCUCCUCCUUUCAUGUUAAGCACAAUGACAGUCUAAACAGUCUGUGUGUGUGCACCUGCAUAUUUUGUGCUUCCACACACAAGACAUGAAGAAUGCAACUGCAUCAUUUCUGUUCUAAAGAUUUACUAAUGACGUUGAGGGCUGUUUGAAACACAGGGUAGCAAUUUGCUGCAGGAGUGGAGUUGCUUUGUUGCCAUGGAGAACUGACUUUUUAUAAUUUUUUUCCAAUCUUAUGAAUAUCGAUUGAGGGGAGAGGGAGGGAGGAACAAAGUGUACAACAGAUAAAAGUACAAAGCAGCUGCAUUGUUUCGUAAAGAAACUCAAGAUCACAUCAAUCCCGCCGCAGUCUACACGGGUCUGGAAAACCAUUUAGAAGUGUAUGUUGUGGUAAUGGAGUUUACACCAGUGUGAUUAAGGGAAGUGAUGAGGGGGGUUUGGUGCAUCAAAUCUAGUUUCUUUUAGUAUUAGUAGUGUACAUAUUCUGCAAGUGAGUGUUUCAAAUCUUAAACUGCUGCUUCUAGGUGCUUAAUCACCUCCAGUUGUGUCGACAGCUGAACCAUUGAAGUAAGAGACUACCCUCAAUCACAGGACGCCACACAGCACAAUCUUAAUUUUAACCCUAACCCUAAACCUAAACCAUUGAAGCAAGAGACUACCCUCAAUCACAGGAUGCCACACAGCACAAUCUUAAUCUUAACCCUAACCCUAAACCUAAACCAUUGAAGUAAGAGACUACCCUCAAUUACAGGACAUCACAUAGUACAAGGAAGCAUCUUCUGCAUUAAUGUAAAGCUCGGAUUGUAACAUCUGUAUCAUAAAAUAACUUUUGUAUGCCAGUAGAGAGUAUGUGCUUCUCUUCAGAUUAACAGAUGCUCAGGCUGCCAGAUGACUCGCUUUAAACAAACAGAUAUGUAAGUAAUUAAAUGGAUGAUGACUUGCGCAUGUCUAUUACCACCAACAGGAAUUUUUUUUUUUAUUUGUCAGAUUUGCACAAGUUUAAUAUUAUUUCGUAUGAUGUUUUCUUUAUGUAGUGA